CGCUGCUAUAAGAGGGCCGUCCAGAACAUGUUCAUCGCGAUUAUCUCUUCCAGUGACUCUCAGGAUGGCCACUACCCUCGUCGGAUCCGCCGCCAGCUCGCAAAAAAUCACCCUUCCCGCCUUCCCCGAGCUCUUCGCCUCAGCGGCCGAACUCGAUGCCCUCAUCGACAGCCUCGUCCCUGGUGCUCGCGUCCCGCACAAAAGGUCUCUCCCGCAGGAUGGUGCUGAAGAGGAGCCGCCGAAAAAUCCGAUGAUGGAGGCGCUGCAGGCGACCACGCACCAGACGCUCACUGACAACGGCGCGCCUGCGGUCAACUCCACGCUCUCCCCGACACUCGACGCGUUCCAGGCUCUUGGACCGUACGCGAAGGGCGACAACAUCUGCAAGCAUCUCGAGAGCGCCUGGGAGGAGGACCCGAAUCUGACGCUCCGCAUCAUAUGGAACACGCGCAGCUUGCACGACGGCAAGAGUGAGAAAGAAGUCUUCUACCAAGCAUGGGGUUGGCUCUACAAAUAUCACCCUUGUACCGCGAUCCGAAAUCUUCAUCUCCUCGUCGACCCUGUAUGCACCCGGCCCAACGUCGAGCAGGCACUUCCACACGGGUAUUGGAAGGACCUGCUUAACAUCCUUGCGCUUGCGGCGCUCGAUCAGCUUGGUCCUUCCGAGGUGCCUUCUUCGUUCCUUCAUAAUCACACGCCGAGCAAGAAGGACGGCGAAUCGAACAAGCUAACCGACCCCGAUGCGGUGCGGGCUGCGAGGGUUCAGGAGGCACAGGAGGCGCAUGCCGCGUUGCUCAAGAAGUUCGAGGAUAAAACGUUCAAGGCGCUUUACGUUACGAUCGCACAGUUGUUCGCGGAACAGCUUGCCAAGGACGUUGAUAUCAUGAAACGUCUGAACGAGACGCCGAAGGAGGACGACGAACAACGGAAGGAGCUUGUCAGGUCGCUGUCGCUCGCGGGCAAGUGGGCACCGACCCCGAACUGCUCUCACGACAGGGUCACGAACAUCGCUUCCGCGAUCUCGCUGUUGCUUCAUCGCUCCCAGGUUCUGGUCCCGCCAGGGGUGACCAUUGCAGAUGGACCGGUCGGCGUCGAGGAGUUACGUGCGCUCCGCGUCCACCUCCAACGCUCUAUCCUCACUCCGCUCCGCAAGACGCUCUCACUCCCCGAGCCGCUGAUGUCGUCUAACCGGUGGACGGACAUCAAAUACGGUCGCGUAGCGUCUAUGUGCAUGAAGAAUAACACGGAGCGUUUCUACGCCCACGACAAGGCAGGCUUUGCGGAGUACCUCACGGCGGUCGAGGAUGGAAAGCGGAGCAUCAGCGGUGCGACGCUUCUUCCGCACGAGCUCGUGAAGCAGAUGAUGUCAAUGGAUUCAGGGAGGUAUGUUAGGGACCCCACGCACAAGCAGAUCAAGGAGGAGCUCUUCAAGAUUCGAACGCGCGUCAUCGACCAGCAGUGGAAGACGCUGAUAGGCCGGUUGCGCGAGUCAGGCGCAAUAGAGAACUCGCUCGGGAUCUGCGAUGUGUCCGGGUCCAUGAUGAUGACCGGCGGCUCCGUGGAACCUAUCUACGUGUCAAUCGCGCUCUCGAUCGUACUUGCCCAGUUGGCGAAACCCCCGUUCAACAACGGUUUCGUCACGUUUUCGAAAGACCCGCAGUUCGUGAAGAUUGAUCCGGAGGCGGACGGCAUUGCGAAGACAAUCAAUGACAUGGUGCAUCAGCACUGGGGAAUGAACACGGACCUGCACGCGGUGUUCGUUCGGUUGCUGCUCCCACUCGCGAUCAAGAACAACGUGAAGCAGGAGGACAUGAUCAAGAGGCUGUUUAUCUUCUCAGACAUGCAAUUCGAUGAGGCCAUUGCGAGCGAAUUCGACGAGGGCAGUCCGAGGAAACAGAAAGACCCAGCUAACUGGCAGACGAACCACGACGAGAUUGAAAAGGCGUAUCGCGCGGCUGGGUACGAGGUCCCGGAAAUUGUGUACUGGAAUCUCGCGGCUCCCGCAGACAAAGGGCUGCGAGCGAUGCCUGUUACGGGGGAUAAAAAGGGCGUUGCACUCCUGAAUGGAUUCUCCCCGAAUCUCCUGAAGGUGUUUAUGGGAGAGGUGGAGGAAGCAGCGGAAGCUGAGGCUGAACCGGAGGAGCAGUGGGAGAAAGUCGAAGAGGAAUCUCUGGACGCGUCGACGGUGGUCGAGGUGGAGAAGAAGGUGAAGGAAGCGAUGACCCCGGUGGAUGUAAUGAAGAAGGCGCUGGCGGUCAAGUCAUACGAUGGGUUAGUGGUGGUGGACUAAAGGAGGGGGGCGCGUUCUAUUUUCCGCAGUCAUUCGGGCGUUCAUGAUAUUUCAAGCAUACCCUUUCAAUCACUCCUCAACAUCUGUAUUGUAUGCAUGUAGCCAUAUGUCAAAUCACUGCUCUGUUACUGCUG